CGCCGCUCCCGCCUAGCGUCGCCGCUGUCCACAAAAUUCACGGUGGAGGAUUUAGUAUUUUGGGUUUUGGAGCACGAACCGGGCAAGAUCACGAGCGCCUUGCCUGGGAGCCUCUCCGGAUCCCGCAUUGCGGCAAUCGAAUCGGCAGAUCGGGCGAGCGGGCGCCCGGCAAUGUCAGGGAUGAAAGCCGAUCGUGUCAGCUACACGGAGGAAUUCAUCUACAAUUCCAGAGGCACGAGGCUUUUCACUUGCCGAUGGAUCCCGCUGCGCCAGGAUGUCAAGGGAUUGGUCUUUCUUUGCCACGGAUAUGGAAUGGAAUGCAGCCGAUUCAUGAAAGGAACUGGACAACGCCUGUCAAGAGCUGGAUACGCGGUGUUUGGAAUCGACUAUGAAGGCCAUGGAAGAUCUGAGGGGCGGAGAUGUUACAUUCGCAGCUUCGACUAUCUCGUGGACGAUUGCAUCGUGUUCUUUAAGAACGUCCGAGGUGAGAACCUCCAUGGAAUUGUUAUUUCAUCGUCAACACUUUUGGAUCCCAUAGAAUGGCCGGAGUAUAGAAGGAAGCCAUGCUUUCUUUACGGCGAGUCCAUGGGAGGCGCUGUGGCGCUACUCGUCCAGAAGAAGACUCCAGGCGAAUGGAACGGGGCAAUCCUGGUGGCUCCAAUGUGCAAGAUAUCAAAGAAUAUGAAGCCGCAUCCACUGCUAAUUCGCGUCCUCGUGAAGCUGGCCCGCACGAUCCCGACUUGGAAGGUCGUCCCCAUCAAAGACGUGAUCGGCCAAGCCUUUAAAGAUCCUGUGAAACGAGAGGAGAUCCGAGACAACCCUUACGUCUAUCAAGGCCGCCCACGAUUGCGGACAGCGGUGGAGAUGCUCUACACAAGUCUCAAUCUUGAAUGUCAGCUCCAUGAGGUGAAGCUCCCAUUUCUCGUGCUCCACGGAGAGAACGACGUCGUCACGGACCCGGCCAUCAGCCAGGAGCUCUACGACUCGGCCGGGAGCCUGGACAAAGCCAUCAAGAUCUACCCCGGUAUGUGGCACGGCCUCACGUCCGGAGAGCCCGACGAGAACAUCGACAUGGUCUUCGAGGACAUAGUAACGUGGCUCGACAUGAGGUGCCCCCCCGGAAGCCUGGCAGCCAGUCCCAUACGAUUCUCGGACAUCCAGACGCGACGAGCAAUGCUGGCUUGCAGCAGCCCGCUGAGGCUGGAGGACGCUCACACCAGGCAGCCGGGCAUGGUUGGAUCGCUGCGGCAUAGGCAUCUCACCGGCCAGACCAGCGAAGCGUCCAGCGUCCCCGCCAGCCCGAUGAGACUCUUCGAGUUCCGGAAGAGAGACCUGGCGUCCUCGCCGAGCGUUCCCGCCAGCCCCAUGAGAGACUCGGAGCGCAAGUGCUUGCGGUGGAUGGAUCACAAAGGUGGCGACUCUUGCGCUCGCGGUGCUGCAAGACACGACCACGCGAGUCACCGGCUUCCAGCGGUGAUGAUCAGAUAGCAAAGCUCCCAAACGCAUAAAAAUAAGAAGAAGAAGGCGGAGAAUUCAAGUGAGAGGUACUCCCUUUUCUUAUUUCUUUUUGGGACGUU